AUGUUGUCACGCCAGUGGUCUACCAGAACCAGCAGUUACACGAGCGAUGUCGAGUCGGCUGGUGUCCCGUUCUCGCCGGUGAUUAAGGAUGCGUGGAGGAAAAUGUUUAGUCUGCUGGAGAUUGAAGUAGCAACAAAUGGAUUGGCCAAAGAAAAUGUGAUUGGGACUGGAGGUUAUGGCACUGUUUAUCGUGGUGUUUUGUUUGAUGGUACUCGUGUGGCAGUGAAGAAGCUACUCAUAAACAGUUGCCAAGCUGAGGAAUUUAUAGCCCAAGUGGAGGCAAUUGGACAUGUUAGACAUAAGAAUCUGGUCAAUCUGCUCGGGUACUGUAUGGAAGGAGCUCACAGGAUGCUUGUGUACGAGUAUGUGGAUAAUAAGAAUCUGAAGUAUUGGCUUCGUGAAUAUCCUAAAGAAUUUGGCCCUCUUUCUUGGAAAGCUCGGAUGAACAUAAUACGAGGAAUUGCAAAAGGAUUGGCCUAUCUUCAUGAGGGCAUUGAACAAAAAAUUCUCCACAGAAGCUUAAAAUCAAGCAACAUAAUGCUUGAUCACCAAUGGAAUCCUAAGAUUGCUGAUUUUGGCCUUGCUAGUCUCUUUGGUCCUCAGUGGGUAUCCAUGAUAAUGGAAGCGUUAGGUUACAUACCUCCAGAUAAUUGUGCAUCUCCUGGGGCUUUCACCGAAAAAAAGGAUGUUUAUGGCUUUGGAAUACUUUUGAUGGAGAUUAUAACAGGCAGAAGCCAAAUAGAUCGCCAUAAAAACCAACCAUAUCUAGUGGAUUGGUUGAAGUCUAAGGUUGCUAGAGGAAAAACUGCUGAUGUCAUAGAUCCAUGUUUGCGGGAGAUGCCUUCUUCGAAGGAAUUUAAGCGGAUUCUAUUGAUAGCUCUUCGUUGCGUUGAUCCUGAUGAGCAACAUAGGCCUAAUAUGGGACAUGUUAUUCACAUGCUCGAGCCACGUGACUUGCUACUCGGUGAGGAAGAGCUAUUAUUUCUCUCCAGCUAG